AUGAUCAUUCGAAAGUAUGGUGAAGAAGCUUGGGAUGAAGCUGUGUAAGUUUUAUAUUAUCAUACAAUUGUAAGCCCUUCACUUAUACCAAGCCAAAGCCCUUGAUUUAACCCUAGCCUAGCUCUUACUCUAAGCCCUAGCCGAAUCCCUAUCCAAAGUCCACGCCUAUGACCUAGCCUAAGCCCUAGCCUAUGCCCUAGUCUACGCACUAGCCUAAACCAUAGCCUACGUCUUAGCUCAAACCCUAUCCAGAGGUUAGCUGUGCCGUUUUUUGCCUAUAACAUAAGCACAACGUACUGGACUCACAUACUACUAAAACCCAACCUCGUUUUAGUAUAAACGCCCAUCUAGAGGUAGGAAAAGAAGCGACGAUAAACUGUUACUACAGUGAUGAAUCAACCAACAUUUUGAUCGAAAGUGUCUGCCAUACCACAGGCCUUCAUCAUGACAUGUUAUGGGAAGAGUACGGUCAUUUUCUAGUCAAUUAUUUGAUGGAAAUUGGUUGGGAUGAGAUGCUAUCAUGUAUAUCUCCAGAUUUAAAAGGGUUUAUUGACAAUUUGGACUCGUUACAUUACUUUAUUGACCAUGUUGUAUAUAAGGCCAACUUGAAGGGACCUUCAUUUCGAUGUGAAGCUGAAGAAGAUGGGUCGAUUACUUUACAUUACUACUCUGAGAGAAGCGGGCUUUACCCUAUUGUUAAAGGUGUGAAGAUUAAAAGGCUUGAUCGGCUACUAUAACAUCGAAAAUUCUUUGAUAUUUUUCAUCUUAUGAUAAGAUAAUAUACAACACUAAUUUAAUAUCAAAAGUCCUAUACGUUAACACCAAAAAAACCUCUUUUCAGGCGUCCUAACCGAAGUAGCUCAACAACUCUACAAUCAAGACAUUAGAAUAAACGUUUCAAAUCGAAAACAACGAAUAGUCCAACUACCGACCGGUGAAAAGGUGGAAGAACAUGUCAUUUUCUCAAUCCGUGACGCCUUCAAACCAACAGUACCGUUACAAAAGACCCAAUCUUAUCGACAAGACACAAACGAGCUAGAACAAGUUGCCGAGAAGAAUAGAGCUGAAGUUGCGCCUGAACCGUUGUUGAAAAUAAAUCAGCUAGAAUUCUGUCACAUUGCACCUUAUCACUUUGUUAUUGAUAAAGAUAGUCGGCUGGUACAAAUGGGCAAGGAAUUGUGGUGA